UGUACAUUAAAUAGAAAAUACAUGUUUAAUAAAAAUGAGCAUUGCAUUGCAUUGCAGAUAUUUGUCAUGACAUCACAAAUAUUAGUGAAUGCACUUUGUCACGGAUAUAUAAAUUUAAACAAAAUAAAUUUAAUUAUUUUUGAUGAAUGUCAUAGAGCAGUAAAUGACCAUCCAAUGAGACAAAUAAUGCAAUUAUUUGAAAAUUGUCCUAAAGAAGAACAACCAAAAGUGUUAGGUCUUUCAGCAUGUUUAUUAAAUUCUAAUAUAAAAUUGGAAAAAGUGGAAACAAUUGUGCAGAAUUUGGAAGUUACAUUUAAUGCAAAAGUAAUGACAUCGACUAAAUUACUUGAAGAUUAUUAUGUUAAACCAACGGAAGAAAUCGUAUUGUACAACAAAUAUACUGUACCUAAUAUUGGUUUACAUAUAAAUAAUAUAAUUAAUGAUGUAAAUGGAAUAUUAGAAAAUAUUAUUUUAAAAGACAGUCUUAAGUAUAUCGAGUCAAGCAAAGAAUUUAGACCAAAAUCGAUGACUAAAAAAUUGAUGUGCAUGUUAAGAAACAUUUUGGAAUUACUUUCAAAUACAGGAAUUUAUGGGGCAAGUAAAUCUACAUUACUCCAUUUGAUUCAGUUGGAGUGUUUAAAGAAGGAGACAGAUAUUGUGGAAACUUCGUAUAUUCAUGAUGUUCUCAUAACUGAAGUAGCUAAAUGUAGAAAAUUAUUAGAAGAAGAAAUGCAAGGUAUUACAACAGUGGAGAAAAUUUACAAUUACUCGUCUGAUCAAAUUCGACAACUUUUUGCGGUACUGAAAGAUUUUUAUACUUCAAUAACAGAUAAUCAACAAUUCUGCUGUAUCAUUUUUGUACAACGUCGUUUUACUGCAAAAGUACUAUAUCAGAUAUUGAAGGAUCUAUCUGAACAUAAUGACGAGUAUAAAUUCUUGCAUCCAGAAUUUAUAAUUGGUUAUUCAAAUGAUCCCUAUAAAAAUAGUAAAGAAGGACAGUGUAUAGCAGAAUGGAAUACUGAAGCUUUACUCAGGUUUAGAAAUGGUUCCUCAAAUUGUAUUGUUGCAACAGAUGUUAUUGAUGAAGGUAUAGAUAUACCAAAAUGUACAUUAAUUGUAAGAUAUGAUUUACCAAUGGAUGUAAGGACCUACAUUCAAAGUAAAGGAAGAGCUCGGUUUGCAACUAGUAAAUAUGUAUUAUUAGUGCCCAAUGAUGACAAAGGUUAUUUAAAACGAUAUCAUCAGUUCAAAGAAACAGAGAAACAUUUGCAACAGCUGUUGGUGGGUAAGACGCACGAACGUAAUAAUCCAACGGAUGCAGAAAUAAAGAAUGAAUUGUAUCAACAUGAGAUAGAACCAUAUACUGUUCUUGGUAAAGAUGGAGUAGAACGGUGUAUAACAGGACAGACAGCAAUUAGUUUAAUAAAUACAUAUUGCGCGUUGUUACUGCGAUCAAAGUUUGCAUAUUUAGUACCUACAUGGUCCCUCCAUAAAAUUAUUGAUGCUGAACAUAAGGUCGAAUAUAAGGUUUCUCUUAAACUACCAAUUAUGUCUGCCGUAAAAUAUGCUAUUUUUGGAGACUCGAUGCGUACCAUUGUUCUUGCAAAAAGAUCUGCUGCUUUGAAAAUGUGUAUAGAAUUACAUAAAUGUGGCGAACUAACUGAUAAUCUAAUGCCACAUACAGCAGAUUCGCUUUGUUGGAACGUAAAUUACUUAUUUCCGAACUGGAUUCAUGAAAAGUCGGAAACUUUGCAAAAAAUUGGUACAAAGAAGAAGAAACGGAUUCAUAAGUUGGAAUUUCCAUCAGCUUUAUAUGCUGCGUUUCCUCGUCCAGAACAAGCAGCAUAUCUUCACAUAAUUAACAUAACACCCAACUAUUGUAUGCCAUACGAUGAUAAUCGGCAUUUAGCAUUUUAUAAUAUAUUUCAUAAUUCUACUACUUUUGGUAUACUUUCUUCGAAAAAAAUGUCAAAGAUUCCAUCUUUUCCAAUUUUUAUGAAUUUUGGUGAACUAAAUAUCACCAUUGAAGUAAAUCAUGAUAUUUUAACUUUGUCCGAAGAAGAGAUUAGGAGUGUAAAGAAUUUUCAUACUUUGUUAUUUAGUGAAGUUCUUCAACUAGUAAAAUCCUUUGUAAUAUUUGAUAACUAUAAUCUGGAUAAUUGUUUCUUGAUUGUGCCAGUUGACGAAACUUGGAAGAUGAAUUGGGAGGUCAUAAAACAAUGUAGAGAAGUUGAAUAUAUACCAGCAUCAGUUCCAUUUAACUUUAAAAGUUGUGAUUAUGAAUUGGCAGUGGUUACUCCAAGUUAUAGAGGAGGCGAUACGUAUAUCGUUACCCAAGUUUGCGAUGAUAUUACGCCGAGCUCAAUUUUUCCAACUGAAAAUUACGAGACAUAUGCUCAUUAUUAUAAGGAAAAAUAUGAUAAAAACAUAAAUAAUUUAAAUCAAUUACUCUUAGAAGUCAAAAUGGUACCAAGAGUAUCCGCUUAUAUAUUACCCAGAAGCAUGAGUACCGAAUCGACGAGACGCAAAAAUACAAAUUCAUCUAAAAAUUUGAAAGAGCACCUAGUUCCGGAGUUAUGCACUAGAAUUAAUUUUCCAUCCGUAUAUUGGUUAAAAGCAAGAACAUUACCAUCUAUUUUGCACAGACUAUCACAACUUCUAAUUGCAGAAGACUUAAGAUAUACCAUUGCUUUAGAAGCUGGAUUAGGAUUGCCAACGAGUGAUGUGUUAUGGGCCCCAUUAGUAAUAACUGUUGAGGAAAAAGAAAUUGAACCAGAAACAGUUCAUACUUCACAACGAACGGUCUCAGCUUUAAAUGAAGCAGAAAUGGACCAUGAUGCUUAUCAUUAUCUGUGGGCAAAAGAUCAAGAAAUACCAAAUUUGUACAGAGACAUCGAAGACACCCAACUGAUUCAAAUCGAACAUUAUUGUCAAUUCAUAAAUGGAACAACUGAUAGGAAUAAUCACGAAAUGAGAGUUAAAAAAAUACAUUUCAUAAAUAAACCGUCAGUACCAGUGCCUCCUAUACAAUUAUUGUCAUUAAAAAAUUCGCGUGGUCCUGAACCUACCCAAAUUAUGCAUGCAUUGACAACCAAAUUGGGAAAUGAUGGAUUUAAUUUAGAGCGUUUGGAGACAUUAGGAGAUUCAUAUUUGAAAUUUAUUAUCUCCGCACUUUUAUAUCACAUGUUUCCUACAUAUAAUGAGGGUUCUUUAACAACAUUAAAAGGAAGAAUAAUUGGAAAUCGUAAUCUUUAUUAUUGUGGAAUUAGUAAAAAUAUUCCUGGUCGUAUGAAAGUUGAUAGUUUUGUACCUUCAAGCAACUUCAUUCCUCCAGCUUAUUCAGUAUUCAGAGAACUUCAAAAACUAUUACUAGAUGAAGAGGUAUCACCAAGUGUUUUGUACGAAAUUGAAAUAUCUAAAUAUGAACAACAUUGUGGUAUUAUAAGCGAAAACACAAAAUGCAUGAUACAAGAAAAGGUGUUGAAUUGGGAGACAGCUGAACUGCAAACCGGUAUGGAACAAUAUUUGGGCGUGCAAGCAAUGUCUGAUAAAACAGUAGCUGAUUGCAUAGAAGCACUGAUUGGUGUAUAUCUCAACUGUAUGGGUAUUAAACAUGCUGCAACUUUAUUGAAAUGGUUUCAAAUUAUACCGAAUGAAAUCGAUAUCACAAAAGUACUGUUUGGACAACAAGAAUUUCCUUUAAUCAAUAAGGAAAGUAUAGAUUCUUUUAUGCCCUGGGCUUCCAGUAUAGAAACAAAGCUUGGAUACAAAUUUAAUAAUAGACAAUACUUACUACAAGCAUUUACGCAUCCCUCAUAUACAGCAAAUAAUGUGACAGAAUGUUAUCAACGAUUAGAAUUUCUUGGUGAUGCAAUACUUGAUUUUUUAAUUACCUGUUAUAUUUAUGAGAACUGUGGAAAUUUAAGCCCUGGUGCUUUAACGGACUUAAGAUCUGCUCUCGUCAAUAAUAUUACCUUUGCUUGCUUAACAGUACGUCAUGGACUGCAUACUGCAUUAUUGACUUAUUCUCCACUAAUGAAUGACAUCAUACAUCGUUUUGUAAAGUUUCAAGAAGAAAGGAAUCACGUCGUUGAUGAUGAGCUUUUAUGGAUUUUACUGGAAGAGGAUGAAUGUAAUAUGGCUGAACAUGUUGAUGUCCCUAAGAUUUUAGGAGAUUUAUUUGAAUCUACAAUAGGUGCUAUAUAUUUAGAUAGUAAUAAAAACCUUUCGGUAGUUUGGGAAAUAAUAUAUUCCAUUAUGCAUAAAGAAAUUGAUCAAUUUAGUAGAAAUAUUCCAAAACAGCCAAUCCGUGUUUUAUACGAAACUCAAGGCGCAGAGCCAGAAUUCCUAACUCCAAGUACUGUUGAUACUACAAAUAUCGUUAUGGUACCUUUAAAAGUAACUAUUGCUGGAAAAAAACAAGUUUUUCAUGGAUUUGGAGCAAAUAAAAAGCAAGCUAAAUGUGCUGCUGCAAAACAGGCUUUACAAAAAUUGUUGCCCAAAAUUUAGAUAAAAAUUAGGAUAUAAUUAAAUUAUUUAGAGAUUAUAUGUACUUGGUUCCACGAGCGAAUUAUGAAGGGUACCAUGAUAAAAUUGUGCACAGAAAUUAACAAUGUAUUCUUACAUUAGCCCAAGGACCAAGUAUCAGUAGUAUAGAAAAUACGAUUUUUUAACGUCUCUUACGAUUAUACCCUUGAUCUGAAGAGUUCUUAGUAUUUAUAAUAAUACCAAGGUCAACGAUUACCAAAGAGUUGACACUUUACUGAUUAUUGUUUAGGAUUAUUUUUAUCAUUAUAAACAUGCAAUGUAGUAAAAAUUAUAUUUUAUAAAUCUAUUUAAAUAGUUA